AAAGUGUACAAGAACCUAAAGGAGUUUUCUCAGGAUGGAGAGAAUUUCUGCAAGCAGGUCACAUCCAUUCUUCAGCAAAGGGCAAACUUGGAGAUUAGCUAUGCCAAGCAACUUCAGAAACUGGCAAUCAAGCUGAGCAAAGCAUUACAGAGCACGAAGAAAAACUGUCUCAGCAAUGCCUGGGUCUGGGCCUCUGAGGACAUGAAAUCUGCAGCAGACCUUCAUCAAAAACUUGGCAAAGCAAUUCAGCUGGAAGCAAUAAAACCAACUCAUCAAAUCCUGAGUGCACAAGAGAAGAAGAGAAAAUCACUUGAUAAUGAAGUUGAAAAGACGGCAAAUCUUGUCAUUAGCAACUGGAACCAGCAAAUUAAGGCCAAGAAGAAAUUAAUGGUGAGUACCAAGAAGCAUGAAGCACUUUUUCAUCUUGUAGAAAGCUCCAAGCAGUCCGUGACUCAGAAGGAAAAGCAGAAGCUCCUGAAUAAACUGAAGAAAUCAACAGAGAAGCUGACAAAGGAAGAAGAAAAUUAUUACCAAAAAAAUAUGGCUGGCUAUUCCACCAGACUGAAAUGGGAAAACACGCUAGAAAACUGCUACCAAAGCAUCCUGGAACUGGAGAAGGAAAGGAUCCAACUUCUGUGCAAUAACCUGAACCAGUACAACCAUCACAUUUCCAUUUUUGGUCAGAGCUUGAACACAUGCCACACUCAGAGUCACUGUGCCAUCAGCAAGAUCGACGUCGAGAAAGAUAUCCAGUCUCUAAUGGAAGAAACAACAGUUGCACCUACAGAAAAAAAAUCCGAGCUCCUACUAGUUGAUUACUUUGAGGAAGAUCCUAACAAUGCCAUGGAUAAAGAGAGGCGGAAGUCUUCAAUAAAAUCAAAACUACUGAGACUGAAAAGAGACAUUGAAAAAGCUUCCAGAGACAAAGAAGGCCUGGAACAGAUGCUUACUGCGUAUUCCAGCAACUCCUCCUCCGAUGGAAAGAGCCAGAAAGAAACAGCAGUGUUAAUGGAUGAGACCAAUUUGAAGCUCCACCUUUUGCAAGCAAAUUCCUAUAAACUGUUGUCAGUAUUAGCAGACCUUGAGCAAAGACCUAAACCCAGGCACCCCUGCAGCACCUGCAUCUUCAAGUGGAAAGAAAAGGAUCAGACACACAGUUAUGUGAAAAUACGUCGGCCUUUUGGGAUGAAGAGAUUAGAGGAUGUUAUGAGCAAGGAUUCCCCUGAUGGACAGAGCAAUCCAAGUUCCUCAGCAUCUUUAGCCUCCGGAGUGACCCAGCUUGGCAAUGGACUUUGCAAAGCCUUGUAUCCUUUUCAAGCUAGACAAGGGGAUGAAUUAAAUUUGGAAAAAGGUGACAUUAUAGCAAUACAUGAGAAAAAAGGGGAAGGAUGGUGGUUUGGAUCUUUAAAUGGAAAGAAAGGUCAUUUUCCUGCUGCGUAUGUGGAAGAGUUACCUUCAAAUCCUGAGAAUACAACUGUACAGCCGUAA